GUGUCUCUUCGUCGCAGUCCUUCCGCGGGACGCGCCGUAACGGAGCUGCACGUGCUCUGUUUUUGCCUCGGACCGUGAGGGGCAGCACACCCCUCUAAUACCCCAUUCUCUGUUACCCUUCUGACUGCCAUCCCCUCGCACCCCCCACGCCCACCUGAGUGCUCCUCUGGGUGUCGGAUGAUCUGCGUGGACGCUGAAGGCGCGCGGCCAUGGCGCUGGUGAUGGAGCCCAUCAGCAAAUGGAGCCCGCGGCAGGUGCUGGAGUGGAUGAAGGGUCUGGAUGACUGUUUGCUGCAGUAUGUUCGGACGUUUGAGAGAGAAAGGAUUUCAGGGGAGCAGCUCCUGCACAUCACCCAUCAAGAGCUGGAGGAGCUGGGGGUCACUCGAAUAGGUCAUCAGGAGCUCAUUCUGGAGGCAGUGGACCUGCUCUGUGCACUGAACUAUGGUCUCGAGACAGAGAAUCUCCGCUCUCUCUCCCAUAAACUCAACGCUUCAGCCAAGAACCUUCAGAACUUCAUCACUGGCCGUCGCCGUGGGGGUCACUAUGAUGGUCGAGUGUCACGACGACUACCCAAUGACUUCCUCACAUCUGUGGUUGAUCUAAUAGGAGCAGCAAAGAACUUACUAGCCUGGCUGGACAGGUCACCGUUUGUCAGUGUGACUGAAUAUUCGGUACUGAAGAACAACAUUGUCCAACUCUGUCUCGAGUUAACCACCAUAGUACAACAGGACUGUACUGUGUAUGAAACAGAAAACAAGAUACUACAUGUGUGUAAGACUCUAUCUGGUAUCUGUGAACACAUCAUAUCUCUGUCGUCUGAUUCGUUGGUUUCGCAGUCUGCCCACCUGGAGGUCGUUCACCUGACCAAUGUCAUGCCCAAUGAAGGCCUAGGGAUGUAUAUUAAGUCCACCUAUGAUGGUCUCCAUGUUAUAACAGGCACUACAGAGAAUUCUCCUGCUGACCUGUGUAAGAAGAUUCAUGCAGGUGAUGAGGUCAUUCAAGUGAACCAUCAGACUGUGGUUGGGUGGCAGUUAAAGAAUCUGGUGAAUUCUCUCCGUGAAGAUCCGAGUGGGGUCAUCCUCACGCUGAAGAAACGGCCUCAGAACGCACUCAGCUCCACCUCCGGCCUGCUCAAGAACACUCGCUGGAAACCCCUCGCUCUUCAGCCGCUCUCCACCAGUCCAUGCAGUGAGUCACCUACACCACCCAGUACACUGGUGUCCCUUGGUGUGUCACCUGGUUUGGACACACCGGCAGGACAUGAUGUGUUCAUACUGUCCCCUGUCUAUGGACACAGGGAGGAUGAGUCAGAGCGGGUGAGUUUUGGUGUGUUUGGUUCGGAGUCUCCAGGCUUUUAUAUGGAUCAGGAAGGGCUGGUCGGGCCUCACUUUCCUCUCCUGGAGGACGACACAGGCAGAAACGCUGGUAUUAGACGCAGAGAUCGGACCCCUACACGCAACGACCCCAGGCAAAUCUCUAUGGCAACGGAGUGGCUUGCAGAGCCUCAAGAAUCAGGAGUUUAUAAGCGAGGAAGCAGAGAUUCUGACUCUUCCCUCCUGCGGUUCCUGAGUGACGACAGGAUCCUGGUCUUACAGGAAGAGGCGGAGUAUUCCCAGCGCGACACAAGCCGGCGAACCAGGAAGAAGAGCCGCAAUCCCAGUAGCCCCAGCUUUCCCAUCAGUCCAUCCAUGCUGGCCCCACCUGUGCUGCUGGACUCAGUACCCCAGGACGGGCUGCCGUACCCUGUCCCUGAUUCGAACACCAUGCCGCACUAUCACAGGGCCACAGACACACUGCGGGCAGACACAGAGAGGUAUGCCAGUUCUGCAGGUGAUAGACAAGCAGGAGCAUCCAUGAGGAAGUCUGUGCAUUAUGCCUCUUUAAGGACCAAGACCAAGAAGAAAAACAGAGGGUCUCAGAGUAACUCGAGUCGGAGGCGUAUAGCCUGUAAGGAUCUGGGUCAUGGAGACUGUGAGGGUUGGCUGUGGAAGAAAAAGGACGCCUCCGGAUACUUCACUCAAAAGUGGAAGAAGUACUGGUUCGUCCUCAAAGACUCUGACCUCUACUGGUACACCAACCAGAACGACGAGAAGGCUGAAGGGUUCAUCAGUUUGCCAGAGUUCAGGAUUGACAGAGCAAUCGAAUGCAGGAGGAAACAUGCCUUCAAAGCCUGCCAUCCUAAAAUUAAAAGCUUCUUCUUUGCGACCGACCACUUGGAAGAGAUGAACAGGUGGAUGAAUCGCUUGGGCUUGGCUGCAAUUGGCUACACCCCAGAUGACCCAGUGCCACGUCCAGAUGAAGAUUACUGGAGUGAGAGUGAUCAGGAGGAGAUGGAUGGAUCUAUGACACUCAAACAGGAGUCAACCUACCACCGCAAUCCAUCAGCAAGUUCAACCAGCCCUUUUGCAGAACGACACUUCUCCAGUGGCUCCACCUUCUCACACUCAUCUGCGGAGGACUCGCACUCAUCCUGUCGCUCCACCCAUCGCGAGCGCCGUUCCUGGCAGGACCUGAUUGAAACACCUGUGGGCAGCUCGGGCCUUCACUACCUCCAGACGGUAGGGGGCGGUGCUGUGGGCGAGGGGCGGAGCAUGCAACUGUCACCCGAGAGGCUUCGGCAGGCUACUCUUCCAGCCCGCCGUCGCCGAUGCCCACCUGAGCGAGAUGGUCCUUUUCCACUGACGGACAGUGAAGAGCCUCGUCCACGGCACAACCACGUUCACAAACAGAGGAGCCAGAGCCUCCCGCGGAACCGUGGGGUCCUGCACACACAUACUGGGCAUGCACACGGGCAUGGAACUCUCCGUCCCCGGACACGUCUCCAUGAGGAAGAGGAGGACGAAGAGGAAGAGGAGGAAGGUUUGCAUGAAUCUCAGCAGCUGGACCCACUGGAGGAGCUUUACCGAUCUUUGGAACAGGCUAGUGUGUCUGCCUUUGGCCAACAGCGGCCCUCUACGCGGCAGGAGUUUCGACGCUCCUUUGUUAAACGCAGCAACGACCCAGCCACGAAUGAGAGGCUUCACCGCAUUCGAGCUCUGCGCUCCACACUGAAGGCUAAAGAAGGAGAUCUGGCUGCGAUCGUUCAGGUGCUGGACGACCCCUGUCUGACCUCACGAAAGUUACGAGAGUGGAAGCAGAGGAACCAUGAGCUCUUCCUGGACAUCUGCGAGUUUAGCUCUGCCCCUCUUGAACCGUCCACCGAUCCCAAUGACCUCUCACCUCUCUCCCCAACACUGUUGAUGCACACGCACUCCUUUAUAGAGACUCACGUCUGAAACAUGCACACACACACACUGUCACAUACAUACACACACAAACACACACACUUUAAUACAGAGAGAAGUAUCUUUUGAUUCAUGCAAACAUACUCACCCAUUUAUUCACUAAUGGACAGAGACACAUAGCUAGAUUUGUGGAGGAAAUAUCACACACAGACACAAACAUGCACACACACAUGCAAGAUAACAUGAAUGAAACACUGUGCAAUCACUGUGGGACCCCCUUAAUCUUUACUGCCCGUCCUUGACCAUAACUGACCACUAAGUGAGCCAGUCCACUGUAAAGUAACUCUUAAGGCAUUUUGUGAAAGACUCUGCUCUGUGCGGGUGAACACUGGACAAACACAUACACACAAAUACCAAUGGGCACCUCUUCACCAGUCCAUCUUAGCUGACUACAACUAUAAAGACACCAUGCAAAAGAAAAAUAAAAUCUUUUUUUUUGUUUAUUUGUUUUUGUUUAUAGUCUUUUCCCUUUUCUUUGUUUAAAAACCCAGUGUUUUUCUAUUUACUAUAAUAUUGCAUUUUUUUUUUAUGAAUUUGUUUGUUUGUUUGUUUGUUUAUCUCCUUCCCUCAGAAUGCUGCAGGAAGAGCGCUCAUGUAGCCAUGGGCAACGGGCUUCACUCUGUUACCAAGCAACACCGCCCUACUGUGUCAACUCUGUACGACUCUCAGAGCAUGCAAGACUGCGUGAACGCGCACGAGAGUGCGAGUGUGUGUGAGCGAGCGAGAGCGCGAGAUAGAAAGCGAGAAAGAGAAAGAGAAAGAAAGAAUGUGAAAGACUAAAUAAGAUUAGUAUUUCCUGUGCAUUGUGAUGUAGGAAUGGCCGGAUCUCGCGGCAGCCAAUGACGCGUCUGUAAUUUGAAUGAUACUCGGGAUCUUUAGGAUAUUUAGACUAUAGCUAAACUCCUGCAUGGUUUAAUGAUAUAUUACUAUAUUACCAAAAUGGGCUGAUGAAAAGUAUGUAUAUAAGAAAAUAUCCUUUGCCUAGCUGCAUCCUCUGUUGAAAACUGUGAACUUUAAUUGUGAAUGCAAUCUUCUGGCCCUGCAAAGACAGAAGCUUUCUACUUCAAUAUUUUUUUUUCUAAAAAAAAAAAAACUAAAAGAAAGAAAAAGGAAAAAAAGGAAGACAAACACAAAAAGCUUUGCUUAUCUGGUAUUCUGACUGUUUUUUUGCUUGGGGUCAGCCCAGCAGCUGACUAUUACCUCCUAACCCAGUGGUCACCGACCCUGCAUCUGGAGAUCUACUUUCUGUCCGAUUUUAGCUCCAACCUCUACCCUCGCCUCCUUACCUUCUCAUCUUGCCUUCAUAAGGGCUUGAUUAGCUAACUGUGGGGUUUUACAUUCAGUCUGUCCCAUGACCAUUAGAUCUAGGUCUACAGUUUGGCCCAUAAAUGUCAAAGGUCAAACAAUGAUAACUUUUGUUAGCGCCCCCACAAUGGAAUUUUAUUAUAAUAUGUUAAAAUAUUAUUAAAUAUGUUAGAGCUGAGCUAGCACUAGUGCCAGUGAACAAAUUUUCUGUUCUAGAUUAAAUACACACAUUUGAAGCUUGUGAAAGACAUCAUGGGUGUUUAAAUAUAGAUUUACAGCAAGUAUUUAGAUACAGAGUUGUAGCACAGAGCUAACACUGCUGUUUUUCAUCACUAACAGCACACAUUUCCACUCAUGAACACAUUCAUAUCCGGGCACGUGCAGAGGGGGGGAGGGGGGGAGGGCGGACGUUGAUUGAGCACCUGCCCGUUUGCGUCUUAGUGCCAUUACUGCCCCCAAAGUGCCCCCCCUUCUCACUUGAUAUAUUCCGCCAGCAACCAUCCACAACCCCCCCCUUCCGGUUUUGUAAAUCUUUGAGUAAAAAAGGCAUUGUUGUUUUAUAAAGUACAGACAACAAUUGUCGCAAAUUCCAAGUAAUAAUAUUGUAAUUUAGAGCAUUUAUUUGCAGAAAAUGAAACUCAUAAUUAUUAAGUGGUCUCUCAUAUUUUCCAGAGCUCUAUAUUGCCGAACAUAUUCGCUCACCCAUCUAAAUCAUUAAACUCAGAUUCCAAUCACUUCCAUGGCCACGGCUGUAUAAUGUGUCUAGGCAUGCAGACUGCUUCUACAAUCAUUAGUGAAAAAAGGGAGCUCAGUGAUUUCCAGUGUGGUACUGUGAUAGGAAGCAGCACCUGUGCAACAAGUGUAGUCAUGAAAUAUCCCCACUACUAAAUACUCCACAGUCAACUGUCAGUUAUAUUAUAACAAAGUGGUAGCGACUGGAAACGAAAUCAACUCGCUCUGCCUGUGUAAAAUAACAGAGCGGAGUCAGUGGAUACUGAUGCACAUAGUGAGCAGAGAUCACCAACUUUCUGCAGAUUCAAUGACUACAGACUUCCAAACUUGAUGUGAAUAAUAAAGUGUAUAGAUCCUUAAACACAAAGCAGGUGAACAGAUGCUUUUGGCAAUAUGGUGUUUACAAAAAAAAUUACAAAAAGUAUGUUUCUAUAUCAGAUGGAAAAAAAGUCCCUGGCAUGUUAGUCAAUGCAGACACAUAGAAAAAUAAUUAAUAUGAAUUUGAAAUGUCAGAUUAUUCUUUCAUUUGCCAGAACUCAUCAAGGCCUUAAUACAUCCAGCACAUUUUCAAGGAUUCCCUGCUUUAACACACCCAUGCAAGGGCUUGUUAAUGAUCAAAUUAGUUGAAUUAGGGAACACCAUACAUUUGCAGGGUAGAGAGUGAUGGGACUAGGAUUGACGAACCCUGCUCUAAUGGUUCCUCUCUGGUUAGAUUUGUGUUGGAGAUAUAACUUGCAGAAAGAUAGAUCUCCAGGAGGAGGGUUAGUGGCCAUCGUCUAAAGCUAUGGGUUAUAUUCAGGUUGGGGAUUUUUUCAUUCCUUAUUGUCUUAUGCACUUCCUGUGUCAGAGUUCAAGAAUCCUGGCUGAGAAUUUUACAUCCAGGAUCGGGUUCGAAAUUCUCGGCUCGCGUUUGUAUCUGAGGUUUGGGGACGAGCUUUACAGCAACCCGACAGGUGUAUGUUUAACCCUCAGAUGUUUGAGUUAAUAGUGUAAUUUUUAUAUAUUGGUUCAUUUUAUUCUAUUCAGUAUGGGCUGGUUUGAGUUAUUUUUAGAAGUAGAACACUGAUACACAUUGAUAGUUUGGUGUCAAGUGUUUAUUAGAGCAUAUCGUCUUUGACAUACAAACCACAACAUGGUUGUGCUGUUCCUUUUUUAAUGAACCAAGAGUUGAAAGUAAUUAUGUAAAAGUGCACCAUGCUUGUGUUGCUGCUGCCUGUUGCUACAGUGUCUGAGGGUUAGACACUCCACAUGUCGAGCUAACUUGUGGCCUGGAGCUUGGCGUGUUGAUUGACAGUGUGUUUUACAGACAGUGUUCACAUGUUCUGUUCUAUUCUAUUCACUUGCAUUAUUUUCGACUGUGAAUAGGACUGUGGUGGGAUGUAUUUUAAUUGAGUAGAAUGUAAUUAUUUUGUAAUAGUCUGUAAAUUGUACAGCUUACCAGAAACAAACCCCAACACACACAUCAAUUUGUUUUCUGUUUUCUUUUAUAAUUCCACUGGUGUGUGUGUGCACGACAGAGAGACGUGUGUCUAGUGUGUGUAAGCAUAUAUCUAUGCUUGUGUGAGUGAGUAUAUCUUUAUUUGUAUGUGUGCCAGUGUGUGUGUUUGUGUGUCUGUCUGGGCUUCACUGUGGUUUUGGGCGCGUAUCGGCUGCCCUAUUCCUCGGCGCUGCUGAGCGAAGAACUUUUAAAAAUGUACAUUAUGCUUUGUUUUUUUCUUGACAUGUACGUCCCACCCUUCCCUGCUCUCAACAACCAAUCAUGUCACUCCACUGCAGGCUCUUUUUUUCCUAUAUAUACAUAUACAAAAUAUAUAAAUAUAUAUAUAUAUAUAUGAUAAAGAUUGUAAAAUGUAAAACUAAUAAAUUAAGUUCUCUGCA